UUUUUCGGAAGUAUCGUGAUAGACCCCCGACUGCCACCGACCGCUGCUGCUGCACAGGCACCUCAACAUCACAUUUCAGGCUAUUUCUACAGAUUCAUCGCUUGUCGGAUACUACUCGUGCACUGCAAAUGCAAGCCAUCAAGUGUGUUGUUGUCGGCGACGGUGCCGUGGGUAAGACAUGUCUGCUCAUCAGCUACACCACUAAUGCCUUCCCGGGAGAGUAUAUUCCCACAGUGUUUGACAACUACUCUGCCAAUGUUAUGGUGGAUGGUAAACCUGUCAACUUAGGCCUCUGGGAUACAGCAGGACAGGAGGACUAUGAUCGCCUUAGACCACUCUCAUACCCUCAAACGGAUGUGUUUUUAAUUUGCUUCUCACUGGUGAGCCCUGCUUCCUUUGAGAAUGUAAGAGCAAAGUGGUACCCUGAGGUCCGCCAUCACUGUCCAAACACCCCUAUCAUACUUGUGGGCACUAAACUUGAUCUGCGGGAUGACAAAGACACAAUUGAACGACUGCGGGAUAAAAAACUUGCUCCAAUCACUUACCCGCAAGGACUUGCCAUGGCUAGAGAAAUUGGUGCUGUGAAGUAUCUGGAGUGCUCUGCUCUUACUCAGCGGGGUUUAAAAACCGUGUUUGAUGAGGCCAUCCGCGCUGUUUUGUGCCCUCCACCUGUAAAGAAGAGGGGCAAGAAGUGUACUGUAUUUUGAGGAACACCACAACUAAUUCCUUCACUGAUAUGCCAUGUAAACAGCGGUUUCUUCCUCUUCAGCUCUGCUGUUAUGAACAGAUAAAUCCAACUUGUGAGGUGAUGAACUGCAGACAUAUAUUUCCAUGGUAUAUCUGAUGUAACAGAUAUAUCAACAUGCCAAAUUUGCUUUGUUAUUAUUAAACUUUGCCUUAAAUUGUUGGUUCAAAACAAAAAUAUGUUGGAAGAGAAUGACAUAAGGCCAUGGCAUGUCUAUCAGAAAGAAUAAUUAGUUAUUAAAGAACAAGCAUAGCUAACUGUAAAGUUCUUACCUUGUUGCAACAAAUGUUAAAUUUUUCAGAGCUUUUUUCAUGUGGAAAUUGUGGCUAUUCAUAUUCUAUCUGCAGGUACUUUUCCCGUGUGGGAUCUGUGAAUGUGUCAGAAGAUAUUGUGAAUAGCGUUUGCGAGUUAAAUGUGUGGCCAUAGUCAGUGCUCUCACUUGAGGGGUGACGGUAAAUACAUUCUUUUUUAAAGUAUUUCACUUUCAGCUUUUAUUGCCUGUUUAACAUUUCAUACUGUACCUGUGUUUUACUGUGAAUGUACUGUAUGUGAUGGUUUAUUAAACAA